AUGCAGCAACUGCAGCGGCAAAUGAGCAGUGGUAGCAACAGCAGUAACAGUAGCAAUACUAGUGAGGGUGCUAUGGAGCCCCCGGAGCCACCACACGGGGGAGGAAUGCUUGCUCCAAGCAACGUUGAGGCAGCGGCUCCUGCAGUGGCAAGUGAUCCUGUUGUUGCUGGGGAACGACUGCAGCAGAUGGCUGAGGGGUCUGCUUCGCCGACUGUUCACAGUAACAACAGUAGCAGCAGUAGCAGUAGCGCCAACAACUCAGUUUCCUCAUUCCGUGGAACAGGAACUCAUCGCGGAAGUAGCAAGCUGCAGCAGCACCAACAGCAGCACCAGCAACCGCGGGGCAUGCCUUGUGGAGCGAAGAAGGCGCGGUGCCUCAGCAUCAAUCAGUGGGUUGCUGCUCUCUUCAAGCCAACAGGGAAACACAGACUGGCUAAGAUAUUAUCGGUGAGGACUCACGGCGAGACCGGCUCCCACUUACCAGAUGAGGUGUUGCAGCCUGGUUUAGCGAGGCUACAAAAGGGCGGCACCAACAAAAGCGGCGGCAGCAGCAAGAGCAGCGCAAGCAGCAAGUGCCCAAUAUCGAAGGCUGCUGUGGUUGCUGCUAGCUCUGCAGCAUGCGAUUCAGCAAGCAACAGCAGCACCGGCGAAGUAACAUCCACAACGGCUGCGGCAGCGACAGGAAACCCUGGUGCAUAUGAAUACUACGUGCACUACCGCCUGACUAACAGAAGAUUGGACUGUUGGCUGCCUUUCUCAGAUUUGUUGCCAGUGAAUGCCAGUGGACAUAUUUUGCCCCCUACAGAUUUCCAACGUCCGGAGACACGAUUUCGAAGCGCCUCAUCGUACCCUGCUGAUACUGCUGUUGAUGGGCCCACAGAGCUUGGAGGACCAGAGCCAGUGGCAGUGUCAGAUGUCACCAGAACUGACGAACACAUGCCUAAACGAGUGAAGCUUACCCACGGAGAAGCAGGUGCCACCGAUUGUGCUGCCAAGCAUGCUUCUAAUGCUUUAGGAACUGUACCAGGGACGAUGACGACAGGAGUGGCUGCGGGAAUAAGAACACCAACAACAAGGCAUGAUGAGGCUGAGUCUGCUGCAGCUGCAGCUGCAUGGAGACAAUUAGAGGUUGAUGGAAAUGUGGAGGCAGAAGAGCUAAAGGCGCUGCUAUUCGACCCUUCUCUAAUCUUCUCAGAUCACGAUGACGAAGAGCACGAAGGCAUGGACUCAGCGACUCUUGCUGCUCACGAAGAAGCGACGCGGGUUAAGACAGUGAACAAGAUUUAUUUUGGGGGUCAGGAGAUCGACACUUGGUAUUUCUCACCGUACCCUGCGGAGGCUCAAGCAACAGACCUGCAUAUUUGUGAAUUUUGUCUUUCUUUCUUCCUUAAAGCCUCCGAGCUCCAAACUCACGCACUAAGAUGCACCGCCAGACAUCCGCCCGGCAACGAAAUAUACAGAGACGGACACUUGUCAAUGUUUGAAGUCGAUGGCAAGGCCGCGCGAGUGUACAGCGAGAACUUAUGCUUUUUGGCAAAGCUAUUUCUAGACCACAAGACCCUGCAGUUCGACGUCGAGCCCUUUCUUUUCUAUGUCCUUACAGAGGUGGACGCCGGAGGAGCUCACCUUAUCGGAUACUUCUCCAAGGAGCUGGUGCGAGCCACCGCGAUCCGCCCCGAAGACAUUCAGAGGACACUAGAAGAGAUUGGCGUCCUCAGAUACUUGCAGGGUCACCAUGUUUUGUUAUUGCAUCCUGACUUGAUUAGAGCCCGCCUGCAGUGA